AUGCUCGUCGAGGAACGCAAGAAGUGCUACGAGGCUCGAGACGCGUACUACGCGUGCCUUGAAGAGACGAACGCGCCGAAAUCGCGCGCCGCGAGGAAGCUCCGGAGCGCGUACGAGAAGCACUGCCCGCAGAGCUGGGUGGCGCACUUCGACAAGAAGCGCGAGGACGAGACCAAGCUCGCGGCGCUCCUCGCGACGAGAGACAAGGCGAACGCCGCGGCGGCGUCGAGGGACCGGGACCGGUCGCCGCCGAGGCGCGACGCGAGAGACGGAGACAGAGACAGAGACGACGACUACGACAGACGAGACCGCGGCGGCGGCGGGAGAGACGGACACGGCGGACGGGACCGAGGACGCGACAGGCACCACCCGUACGACCGAAGGGACGACCGUCGAUCGUCGCGCGAGAGGGUGGACGAUCGCGUGGACGACUUCGGACGGAGCGUCCGCGGCCGCGACGGGUGGGAGGACCGGAGAGACGCGGAGCGAUUCCUGGGCGAUUUGGAACGCGACCGCAACCGCGACCGCGACCGCGACGGCCCCGGUCGCCGCGACGUCCGCGACGUCCCGCCGCCGCCGCCGCCCGGGCACGUCGCGCCCGCGCGCGACGACGACGACGCCGUCCCCGCGGCCGCUGGACCGUCGAAGAAGCGGCUGAAAAAGUUGGAGAAGGAAGCGAAAGCCGCGGCUGCGGCGGAGGAGGAGGACGCGGCCCCCGUCGACGACGCGGAGGCGGAGAUGAUGCGAAUGAUGGGCUUCGGCGGGUUCAACUCCACCCAGGGGAAGCACGUGGACGACCCGAACGCGAACGUAAGCGGCGCGAAUAAGAAGACGACGCGGCGGGCGAGGCAGUACAUGAACCGCCCGGGGGGGUUCAACCGGCCGCUGCCCGAGGAAGUCACCGGCGUGCGAAGCAACAAGAUUUAG